AUGUCGACUAUAUCGGCAGACGAAUGCUACUCCAAUGUGGAUAGCUUGGAGGAAUUGCGUCGAAUAUGUGGCGAAAGAGAUGCGUUGGUAAGCAAACUUAAACUGCUUUUGGUUAAAAAGAACAAAACUAUUUCAUCACUGGAGGAAGAUAUUGGUUUAUUGAAAUCGGGAAAAUCAUCCGAAUCCACAAUCACUGAAUCAGAAUUGAAUGUAGAGCUCGAUGGCCUCAAAUCGACCAUUACACGCCAGCAAGCUGAAUUAGAUCUUUCCAAACAGGAAUUAACAACGCUUUCAAAAAUGAACAACGAUUUGCAAAAACGUCUUUCCACAGUUAAGCAAGAACGAGAUACAUUCAAAUCUGAAGUUGGCCGCAUCAUGAAUGAUUUAGUUAUCGCUAACGCUCGGACUACUGAACUGUAUGGAGUGGCGUCUAAAAUCUCCCAACUAACCCCCAAAGUCACCCAUUCCAGUCCUAAUAGUCAACAUGCUUUUAUUCUCUCUACCCUUAAAGGUUUCCAGGACAGCGGUCAAGCCAAACCUACCACCGCUUUAUUGGAUGCUCUACAGAAUGUCAAUAAUGAGAUAACUCAAUUACUUGGAACGAAAAAUCAUUCCUUGUCUAUUAAAACUUUUGAUGAAGUUCAAAAACUUCUUGAAGAUUUUUCUAUCUCUCUUAAGGAAUAUCGCUCUCCCAAAGCAGCCUUUUAUGUAGAUAAGUGCGGUCUGAUGUCCAAGUUUAAUAAUAUUUGUAAAGAUCGGGAUGAACUUCGAGCCUUUGUUAAUAAUUUCUAUCAACAAAUGAAUUCCUCAUUCCAACAUCUUGUUUCUUCUAUCCAAAAUCUGCAAGAUUUAUCUCCGAACUAUGUUAAUAAUGCUAUCCUCCUUAAAUUCCUUCCAAAAUUCAAAGAUGACUUGUGUGACAUGAAGGAGAUUAUAUCACAGAACAAUUCAAUUAUUGCUAAUGAAUCUUCUAUUUUUUUAAAUCAGAUUGGGUCUGUUUUGCCUAUGGUUCAAAAGUCUUCUUAUAAGAUUAGCUUAGAUGAUUCAGUGUUGACUGAUCCUAAAAUCCACUCCACGCUCUCUGUUCUACCACAUUUGCAGAAGGAUGUUUUGGACGUUAAAUCUUCUGCUCGACAAUACUUUGCAUCCCUUCAGGCACAAAUCGAUGAUAUUCAGCGACUUCAUACGAAGUUGGUGCUUGAACUUAAUACCCAAUCUCCUCCACCUCCAUAUCCUGAAACUACUGAAAUGCCUCCUAAUUCAACUUCAUUGGAAGCUCUCUUAACUGAUGUCUGGCAGCUCAAAGACUGUCUUUCGGGUAUGAAAGAUUUGGUCCUAGAGCAGUCCUCUCGUUAUCAUCGAAACGUCAAGGAGAUUAUCUCUCAUAAUAACAGACUGCUUCAAAAUCUUCAAAGCGAGAUUGUCAAGAUUCGAGCCGACGCUUUCACUAUUAAAAAAGAAGCAUCUCAGAUAUCUGAAGAAUUCCAUCAGCAUUUUAGUGAUCUAUUAAACCUUCUCCAAGAUCUGAAUAUACCACCGGUUAGAAGUCCUGUAGGCUUGCAUGAACAACGGUUCAAAGACUAUGAUCGACUAGUCCGUGACAAGGAAGCGGAGAUCGACCAAUUGCGCGAGACUUGUGAUCGAUUUUCUGAUGAGUGUGACAGAUUUGGUGAUUUGAGAGAGGCUUUGAGGCUCCUGGUGAUUCAGAAGGUGCCUUCGGUGAAUCUCGUAGGUUUGAAUUCGGAGGAUGCAGGCUUGCUGAACGAUCUCGUUGCUCAACUCAAUCAUAGCCAAGCUGCCCGCUUGGAGUUGGUGAGUUAUUCAUCUUCAUCUGGAUCUAAUUUUGCUCUCUUAUCUCAUUCUAAGACCUCAACAAUGUCCCAAUUUUUUUGCGGCAUGCCUUUAUUAAUUCAAGUUGUGUGGAAAUUGGGCUCUUCUUGGAUGAAACCAUCUUAA